AUGGCUCCAGUAUCAACUUCGAAAACUGUGGCAACGGGUAUGAAGAGAAAGUCGGCACCUGCGAAAGAUGUUCAUGUAAAGGAAAACAAAAAAGCAAAAAUUGAUUCGGGGAAAAAGAAAUUAGAUUCAAAACCUAUGGCUAAGCCUGUGAAGAAGGUCGAAUCCGAGAGUGAAGAGGAUUCGGAUUCUGACGAUGGAGGUGCAGCUUUGGAUUCUACUUCUGCAGAUGGUUCGGAUAGUGACACGGAAAUGAAAGAAGUCGAGGGCAUACAUCCAGAUAGAAUUAAGGCUGUCGCCGCCAACAGUAAGCUCUUUUCAUGUAAUUUUUCAUGUAUCCCUACUUACGUAUUUCAGGUCAAUCAUCGAAAGAGGCACAUGCGAAACAAAGGCAAUUGGCAAACGAAAGAAAGGCAGCAAAACCUUUAGCAGAUCAAUUGGCACGUACGAAGAAAAUUUGGGAACGUUUACGCCGAAAGUCGCAUGUUCCAAAGGACGAGAGAAAACAAUUGGUUGAGGAACUUUUCGAGCUCAUCACGGGCAGAAUCAAGGACUUCGUUCUUAAACAUGACAGUGUUAGAGUUGUUCAGACCGCCGUCAAAUAUUCGAAUCCGGAGCAGAAACGUUUGAUCGCAAAGGAGCUUGCAGGAACAUAUCGACAAUUGGCUGAGAGCAGAUACGCCAAGUUCUUGAUUGGAAAAUUGUUGGUUCAAGGAGAUGAUGAAAUUAGAGAUCUUAUUGUUCCCGAGUUCUAUGGACAUGUUCGUCGACUUAUCAAGCACCCUGAAGCUGGAUGGAUUCUCGAUGAUAUUUACCGUGGAGUAGCUACCAAACAACAGAAGGCUAUUAUCCUUCGAGAAUGGUACGGUGCCGAAUUUGCCGUCAUGGAAAGAGACACAUCUAAGUUCUUGACUGGAGAACUCUCGGAAAUCUUGGCUGCUGAACCUGGAAAGCGAGCACCAAUCAUGCGAUAUCUACAAGAAAUGAUCAAUCAUCUCUUGCAGAAGAAGACCAACGGUUUCACCCUCCUUCAUGAUGCUAUGUUACAGUAUUUCCUCAAUGCCAAACAAGGUACUGAGGAGAUCACUGACUUUAUCGAGUUGUUGAAGGGCGAUGAGGAAGGUGAUUUGAUGAAGAAUUUGGCAUUCACUAAGUCCGGAGCAAGAGUUGUUUGCCUUGCUCUAGCAUAUGGAGGUGCCAAGGACCGUAAACAUAUCCUAAAGAUGUACAAGGACACAUUACAACUGAUGGCAGGAGAUCCAAACGGACAUAUUGUUAUUCUUGCUGCAUACGAAGUCAUUGAUGAUACAGUCUUGACAGCGAAGUCUAUUUUCCCAGAGUUGCUCAGCAAGGAUGAAGAGAAACAGGCUGAGAACAUCAUGUUUUCCGCUAAUGACCUCAACGCACGUACCACACUUCUUUACCUUUUCCAAGGUCGCUCAAAAUCCCUCUUCCCAGCAAGCCAUAACUCAGAUCUCGAAAUUCUCUCUGAGGUUGAUGCAAUCCGGACCACCACCUCAAAGAAAGACCCAGAAAUCCGUCGCCAAGAAUUAAUCAAGGCUUUAUCCCCAUACCUCCUAAAGGCUAUCGCCUCCGCAUCCAGAGAACUCAUCGCCACAUCUUUCGGUUGUCAAUUUAUAACUGAAGUUCUUUUCGGCGCUGAAGGAGAUAAAUCGACAGCUCUUGAAUCACUUGCUGAAGCUGUAUCCGGAGAUCCAACAUACAUUCAACAUCCUGUUGAAGAAGGUGCUGUUAGUGAAGAACCACCUUCUCACAUCGCAAGCACACCUUUCGGUGGAAAAAUGAUCAAAUCUCUCAUUGCAGGUGGUCGCUACGAUCCAGCUACUAAAUCUAUCGUUCCAACCGUUCCAGCUUUGAACUUUGCCGAUAUUUUAUAUCCACAUAUUAAGGAGUUUAUCGUUGAAUGGGCAACUGGCUCAAGUUCAUUCGUGGUAGUUGCUUUGUUGGAAUCUGAAUCUUUCGGAAAGAAAGAUGAGGUUAAGAAAGUUUUAACGAAGAACAAGAAGAAGUUGGAGAAGGCGGCAAAGGAAGAGACGGCGGAGCAAAAAGCUAAGAGAGAGGAGUUUGAAGCCAAGGAGGAGGAAAAGAAAGCCAGUGGGAAGGGUGCUGCCAAGAAAGGAAAGGGGACGAAGGAGAGGGAGGUGGGUAAUAAGGGAUCAAGUAUGAUUUUGGCUAUGAUCUAAAAUUAGAAUGGGAGAGUGAGAAUACGAAGAAAUAUACAGUGCCGGUGUAUAGUUUGCACUGUAGGAGUCCGGCGUUAUAUUAAAAAGUGAUCCAUAGAUAGCUGGAUCCUUUGCCCUAGUAUUUCAGUGUACUCAAUAUAUUGUUGCAUGACAAAAAAUAUUUUCCGUAUUACAGGCUGC